AUGCAAUCUGCACAGAGUCGAUCUUUGCCAGAUCUGCGAGAUGACGACAAUGAGUUCAAGAAGUCGGGCUUCUUCGCUUUGAAGCGGUCCUCCAAAGUUCGCGACAUCAACCUUGAGGAGAUCAGACAAAGGCGGGCUUCCAUCCAUCAUGGGAACAAGAAGAAGCAGCAAAUGGUGCAACAGGAAGAGCAGGAGCGCUGGGAGCGACGGCGCCGCGGCCUCUAUGGCCUCAGCAAUUCCGAAAAAGCCUGCUUCGCUCGCCCGGUGCCCGCCGCACCGGAGGCCCUUGCCCGUAUGAAGGAUGAGAAGCGCAGUCUCAGCAAAGGCGAAGGCUCCGUCAAGGCUCUGCGCUCGGACGGGGAGGAGGGCAGUCAGAGCCCCAAGAUGCGACGCCGCUACGCAGCGCUGGUGACCGAGAAGGCAGCGUUGAGCUCAGUGGAGAUGACGGAGGAGGCCGUGGAGUGCAUCCUGAGGGUCCUCUUCCCCACCAACCCUGUGUCCAUGGCCCGGGUCGGCAGCAGUUACCGGCGCCAACGAGGAGUGAAAGCCUUGGCCUUCCAGGCAAACAAUCCUUCGUUGAGCGUUCCCGUUCUGCCAUCCAUCAACGCGCUGAGCGAUGAUGGCGCAGUGAAGCGAAGCCUAACAAGCAUGCUGAAGCCAUCCAAAGACCGGCAGUCGCACGAGGCUCGGGAUUUCAAGGCGCAGCCACUUUCUCCAAGAUCAGCGCUCGAGCAGUCACUGAAGAAGGCGGUGUCGGGAAUAGAUGUGGCACAGCUCAAAAAGAUGAGCGACCUAUUGAAGCGAGAGCUGAACAUCAAGUUUGACGCUCAAGACUCAUCAGCGCCGCGCAGACAACCUCUCUACGUCACUCCAGAAAAUGCUGGAACGAAGCGGAAUAAGGAUGUACUGGGCAGAUCGAAAUACGAGGCCAGCAGCGUUGCCGAGGUUUGGGAGAGCGCAGAGCAGCCUGAUUUCACGAAGAAGCCGGUUUUCCACAGGCUAAAGAAUGCGGCACUGCUUGUUCGCAAAAUUGGAGACAUGAGCGACGAGCUGAACAAGGAGUCCGGAGAACCUCUUGCGUUUGCAAAACGUUUGCAGCCUGCCCCCCUGGCGGAUGACUGCAACUUUUCCCUGAGAAAGUUUCGCAAGAGGCUCCUGGGCAAGCAUGUCUGCCUUGCCGACGCUUUCCGAUGCUUGGAUCUGAAUGUGAACCAGAAGCUCGGGCCGGAGGAGUGGGGAGCCAUGUUUCGCGGCUCCGGCCUGGCCACUUUCCGCGAGGCACGCAUCAGCUUUGAGCUUCUGGAUUUGAAUCGGGACGGCAGUGUGACUUUGGCCGAGUUCCAGGCAGCCCUUGAAGGCGUGGCUGAGAUCACUGGGAUCGAUGGACUUCGAAAGCGAUUGGUGUCGUUUGGAUACACCAAGACUAUGCAGGCCUUGGAAGCAAUGGAAGGAAAUGGAUUCAUCAAUCCUGCGAAGCCAUUGAUCUUGGAGGAGUUCGGUGCUGCUUUGUGCCGCAUUCAUGUCGUGGAGUUGGACGAGCACCGGGCAAUCUUUGACAAUGUGAGAGACAGUGGAGAUCCCGUCAGUAAGGCAUCCCUCUUCGACUUGGUCGCGGCCCUCGGAGCCGUUGGUCCAUCCCUGCUCAUGGAGGACAUUGCUGAGCGUGCCCGUCAGAAGUUCGGAAACACCGACGCAAUUUGGGAAGGUCUUGGGCCAGGCAGUUCAAGCAAGGAGAACAUUGAGCUAAAGGUGUUCGAACGAAAGCUCAUCGACCGGCUGGGCUUGGCCAAGGCGGCCGCGCAGAAGGCUUGUCGAAUCUUGGACGUUGAUGAUGGCGGGGAUCUUUCACGAUCUGAGCUCAUCUCCGCCUUGGCGCUGUCCAGACCCACUCUGCACAUGGAAGACUUCCGGCGAAAGGUUCAGCAGCGCUAUCGCAGCAUCGAGGCGAUCUUCCGAGAAUCCUUUGAGCACCUGGAGAACGAGGAGUUGAACAACGAUGACGACAUGCGGUUGACCUGCCCGGAGUUCGCAGAGAUUCUGGAGGAACUGGACUUCAGCAGGCGGGAGACCAGCUACCUGUUCUGGCUAGCCGAUGCAAGCGGAACAGCAAAGCUGACCCUUUACGAGUUCUUCCGCGGAGUGAAGCUCUUUGUGCCCAGCUGCGUGGUCGAGGGCAUCCGCCUGCAGGCUCUGGUCCAUCAUCGGCGGAUUGCCGAUCUCUUCCGCAACUCUGGGGUGGCCUGGGAUCGGCGUCUGAACUGUCAGGCGUUCGCGCAGCUGUUGUGCAAGCUGGAUGUGAAGUGUGAGGAGCCACAGCUGAUUUUCGACUUCUUGGAUGUCCGCAGCUGUGGUAGCGUCUGCAUCAGCGAGGUGGUCUCCUGUUUGCAGAAUCUGACGCCUGGCGUAAAGGAACGCUCCACAUCACAAGAGUCUGACAAACGGGUUGAGAAGGACGUUCGUGCAGCCCUUGCACCGAUGCACAAGACGGUCACCGAGCUAAAGUCGACUAUGAAACGAGACCUCUCGGAGGACGUCGGGAGGAGAGUGUCGAUGUCGGUCAGCCCAAGGAGCCUGCAUCCUCCAGAGAAGAAGGGUGAGAAGGCGGAGAAGCCCGAACUGCAGGGCUCUGCGGCUGUGGCAAUUCCGGCCGUCGGGCCGAAAGCUUCCGACAUCCCUGCCGCGGUCCUGAACGAGACGUUCCACAGGAUCAAUGGCGCGCCCGAGGGACGGAAGAACAACCCAAGUGUUACAGACUACUGUGGAAAGAAGACUGUGGAUGGGCUUUGUGGAUACCUGAAGUCCACGAGCGACAUCUUGGAGGCUCACAGGCCGCUUCUGUCGCAUCACUACAGCAGGACGGAUUGGCACAAGAAGCAAGAGAGCAUAAAGGCUGUGCUGAACCGCCGCAUUUAA